UAUCUUAUCUUCCUAUGGCAAUAGCGCUAUUAAAAAUUGACAUAAAAACCAGAAGUUGUUUAUGAGCAAGCCUUGACUUUAGUGACUUUAAAAAAAAAAGCCAAUCUGAUUAUCUCAUUUACAGAUAUGAAAAUUUAACAAAAUUCUCAAACUGCCCCCAAGGCAGACAUCUUCUGAGCAUUCGAGCUGAUUAUAAUUUUUUUAAUAGCUUCACUAUAUAGCUAUGCGAGUAAUUGUUUGAUAACAAAAUAUGGCAGAGGAUGUAAAUAACAGAUUGCGAAAUAGGAUGGUAUCAACAUCCACAGAAUCAGCUCACUCAUCAAAUGAUAGGUCAGUGCCAAACAAAAAAGAUGAGGAUAAACCACGUGAGGAAAUAAGGGGAAACGAACGUCACAUUCUCUUUCAUUUUUUCACACUGUUUAGCAUCAGCUUUAUCUGCGGGAUUUUUUUAAUACACCUGAGUUUGUGGCUCAAUUCAUAUAUUCAUGCUGUCAUGUCACCAGUGAGGCCUUUCGAUAGUGAGAACACAGAGAACGGCCUUUAUACUGAAGAGUACAAGAAUGUAACUACUAUACAACAUGAACCAAGCGAGACCUAUUAUUCAUCCGUUUACACACAAGAUGAGACUAUAAAAGAAGUCUUCAUGUCCCCAUUUUACUAUACCGGGACUUAUUUUAAUCCAGUCAGGCGCAAUGUUACGUACCAUAAUCAUGAAGGAUACCACGAUUUUUCAAAUUAUUCAGCAAUAAGAUAGAGAACUUCUUAUUAUCAAUGAAAAGAUUUGCAAAUUGUCAACAAUAUUAUCGCGGGACGGAAUACUGGAAAUAAAUUGACAAGUUUGAUCAUGUAGUAUAGGAAUCAUCUGCAAAUUCAAGCAAACUUAAUAAAAAUGUGAAAAUUGUUCAUUUUUGAAGAACAUCACUGCAGACUAGAUUUCAUUUUUGGUUCAUGCUUGGUAUUGAUAUAAAUUUUUAUAUAAAACUAGUAAAAUUAUAUUGUUAUUAAAUUAUGGAAUGUUUUUACAUUUAAAAUCUUUCUAGGUGUAACCAUAUAUAUGAAUCCUCAUACACAAAAUUAUCAACAAAUAUUAGAUGACAAAUUAUACACAAAGUGUCAAGGUGGUUGAGGCCUGAAUUUUCAGUCAAAUCUUUCUGUUUCAUAAAUAUUUAUUUGAAAAAUUCUACUUACUGUCUAUGUUGAAAGUAUGCCUCUAAAAAUUAAGCACAUUACUGGCCAUGCUUGAUCAAAUACUGAUUAUGUUAUAUGAAUGGUUUCAUGCUAAAUUGCUCCAUAAGUGUGCGUGGAUUGAAUAUGGCUGAUCAAUAUAUUUUAAUCUUUGUAUUUAAAUAUUCUGCGUCGAAAUAAUGUUUCUUUCAUGAGCUGAGUUUAGUUGGUAUUGCGCAAUAAAAUUCAGAGGAGGUGUGUUUCUUUAUAUUUUUUAUGUUUUCGAAUGAAAUCGUAAUUUUUGACUCAGAGGUAAUUUUGGACUGGGUUGAGAGUAUUCCAAUAUACCGGUAGAUAUUUUGAGAAUUUCAACUUCUUCAAAUUUCUACAACUUCCAUGCUCAUGCUGAUAGUAUGGGGUAUCAUUACCAUUUCGUGGCAGCAAUACUCUGUCACAAUACUAUGAACAUAUAAUCAUCAGUCUAGUAGGUUUUUUUGUUCGCAGACUAUAAUUUCAUAUGGGCGAUUUCCUGAAAAUAUAUUUGCUUAGGGUUGGAUAUAACUGGUAUCAAUAUAUUUUCCCAACCUAUGUGUUAUUGUGUCAAUCUGUUAUUUUCUACCGUUGGCCCAACUUUGAAGUUGAGAUAUUAUGUCACUUUUGUCCAGUAUAAUUAUAUUAUUAUUUUAUUUUUUUCCAAUCCUCCGGUUAUCUUAUCAAAAUAUUUGUCGCCUUGCGUCAUAAUUCAACAUUACAUAAUACAUUUUUUUAUGUAAAUGAAUGCUAUAAAAUAUCUGAAUCCAUACUAUUUUGGGCAUUUCACCAAUUCUGUUAAUAGUGUUUUAUUUUUGUUGAAUAGAAUAGAUGAUAAUUUUACAGCUAUUUUUUUGCUCUUGGCCCGUUUAUCUUAAAUAUGUAAUUAGUUGAAAUAGUUUUCAUGAAAUAUUCUUCAUUGAGCAGUUUCUGAUUACAAAUUACACUGUAUUUGGGUGGCAGACAUAAUAAUAGGCUGCCGAAAUUCGGAUUUCGGUAUAUUCUCUUUGAAAACCAGACACAGUAACACUUGAAGAUUGACUGAGCCGGCAAAUUAUAUGUCAAAAGCGCCUUGGGCUUGGAAAACACGGUGUGAACAAAGGUCAUGCUUACGUGACUUGGCAAAUUUAGUUGUUACUGUCCCGUGGCCGUGUCUGUCAAUUUUGAAAUGAAUUAUCGCGUUUGAAUGAAUAUAUAUGGGAUCCAAGACCAACGCUGUCUUAAUAUCCGCGGCUGACUGAAAUCGAAGUUUGCCAUGUUUCCGCGAACGAAAUUGUAUUUGCAAACUCGUCAGAGUCAAAAUUUAGAAUUCCCUGUAGUGGGGAUUUCAGGCUUUCAAAGGUGAUAAAAUGGUGGUUGGUUUAUAAUGAAUACAUUAUUAUACAAUUGUCAAUGUGUUUUCAAAUGUUUUUAUUGGUGUAAAAUUAAUUUAGAGUAAUCAUUUAUCUUACGUGUGCAAAACUAAUCGUGUAAAUAUAAUAUCUGCAUUUAAUUCUUUCAAUUACUUUGAAAAUAUAUCAUAUUUUCCGAACA